CCGGACCUCACUGUAAAAAAGCAUCAGAUUUAAUAUUAAUGAAGCCGCGCAUUGGCUCACACUCGCGUCAAUCCCGCUGCGCAACUUCUGUAGGCUGGUAGACUUCCUUCAAUAUUAUUUCUGGGGAGCAAGGUAAAAGUACAAAAAAAAUGUUGCCGAUCCACAACACUGGGACGGACUGAAUGGAGGCAACGUUGUCACCGAGCGGAGAUAAUAAAUCCGUCUACAGUGCACCGCGACACACACCGAGUGGCUUGUUGACUUCUCCGUAACCGGCCAGCCCUCGGCGUCCCCAUGCCUCCAUCUCCUCUUGACGACAGAAUUGUGGUGGCGCUGCCAAGGCCGAUCCGACCUCAGGAACUCCAACUGCGCCUGGACACCAGCUACCUGGACUCCAUCACCACCAGCAGCACCAACACAACAGUCAUCAGCACCACCGUGGUGAAGAUCCGGGCGACGGCCAAUCUUGUAACGUAUAUGCCCUCAUCCAAGGGCUCCACGCGCUCGUUGUCGUGUGGAUGCAGCAGUGCCAGCUGCUGCUCAGUGACUACCUAUGAGAAGGACAACCAGAGCAUCAACCACAGCCAGGUGAGUGCAAGCAGCCCCAACCUCAGCUAUGCCGGGCCGCCCACCUCUAUGGUCAGCAACCACGAAGCAUUAAGUGCCCCCAGUCUCGCCCCGGGCACCCCGAAGGCCCUGUCAUGCGUGAGGGUCAUCCACCCCAAUGAGUUGGCCAAACGGAUGACCUGCUGCCCCAUGGGACACCCUGUGGGGCCCGUGCCGGUCAUCAUCGACUGCCGGCCCUUCAUGGAGUACAACAAGAGCCACAUCCGGGGGGCCGUGCACAUCAACUGCUCCGACAAGAUCAGCCGGCGGCGGCUGCAGCAGGGCAAGAUCACUGUGCUGGACCUCAUCUCCUGCCGCGAGGGCAAGGACUCUUAUAAGGGCAUCUUCUCCAAAGAGAUUGUGGUUUACGAUGAGAGCACCAUGGACCCCAACCGGCUGACGUUCUCCCAGCCACUCCAUGUGGUCCUGGAGUCACUGAGGAGGGAGGGCAAGGACCCCAUCAUCCUCAAAGGAGGCCUGAGCUGCUUCAGGCAGAGCCAUGAGAACCUGUGCGAGCACUCGAUGCACCUUCGCGAGGACCCCGGCGCUGCUGCUGGCCGGACCGGGCCGCUACCUCACUCCCUGCCCUCCACGCCGGACAUAGAGAACGCAGAGAUGACACCAAUCCUGCCCUUCCUCUAUCUGGGGAACGAGCACGACGCUCAGGACAUCCACCUGCUGCAGCGCUUCAACAUCGGCUACAUCCUAAACGUGACCACCCACCUGCCGCUCUUCCACUACGACACGGGCUGCUUCGUCUACAAGCGCCUGCCCGCCACAGACAGCAACAAGCAGAACCUGCGGCAGUACUUUGAGGAGGCGUUUGAAUUCAUCGAGGAAGCCCAUCAAGCAGGUAUGGGCCUCCUGAUCCACUGCCAGGCAGGCGUGUCUCGUUCAGCCACCAUCGUAAUAGCCUAUCUGAUGAAGCACACCUGGAUGACCAUGACAGACGCCUACAAGUUUGUCAAAACCAGGAGGCCCAUCAUCUCCCCGAACCUCAACUUCAUGGGCCAGCUGUUGGAGUUCGAGGAGGACCUCAACAACGGAAUAACGCCACGAAUCCUCACACCAAAGCUGAUUGGUGUAGAAACUGUUGUCUAACCGAACCCUCUGGACACGAUGCUCGCACAUGUACUCACUCUCACUGCUCUCUCUCAAGAGAGACCGGCUGCUCUAUGAGCUACGUUGGACUAUGAGAGCCACUGCAUUCUUCUUGAAUCUCCUCAUGCUCAUCUUGGACUCUCUGGAGUGCCAAAGCUCUGGGUCAGUGGUGAUGAGAUAUGCCAAAAAUCCCUACUGUUUGGUCCUGGCCGAAGUCCAGGAGGAGACGACGGUCAGCGGGAAGCUUUCCAUUGUGAUUCAGAGGAGCAAACAUGAGGGAAAAGCAAACGAUAUUCUAUGUGCUUAGGGGCAAUUACUGACAAGAGACACUCUUAAAGCUCACACUGUGGCACACAGCUUCUGUUUGCAGACUCAGGCGGGUUGGCCACGGCAGUGCCUGUCAAAGAGAAGGAAAAAAAAAAUUAUAAACAAAAAGAUGAAGACUUGUUUGGUGUGUUAAUGUUGUUGUUCUAUUUUUAUACAGGGGUAUAUGGGGGAGACCAUGACGAGCCCACAGUGGCUUACUGUGCAAUAAUUUCAGAGUGGAAUGCAACUGAGAUCUUGAUCUUAUAUGUAUAUAAUGAUAAUGAUAUAAUGAUUACGAAACAUUUCCAGCUCUUUGCUGAAAUACCAUUUUAAUGUUAAUGUAAUUACUGUUGUUCAGUUCUAUAUGUUCAUGGUGCAUACAGUUAUGCUGUAAUAUUUGGCGCAGAUGCGUGUACAAGAGAAAAUAAUGUGGGUUUUAUUUUUGAGUGCAGCUUCUGGGUUUAUGGAAGUCAUCGGAACCACAGAUUCAUAUUUCGGGUGUUUGCUUCAGUAUCUUCGUUUUGCCAUUCCUGCAUCCACAUAUGCAUAUAUUUUUAGCAAUACACAGUAUAUAUUACCAGACAGCCAUAAGAGCUUUUUUUAUGCAUGGCUGCUGGCAGAGGAAAGAAUACUUUAAAAUAAUCAGUGAAUAUUGUAAAACAGGGCUACUGGUGAUGUUUAAUGUAACAGAACGGAGGAGUUUCACUGCCUGCUUCUGUUCUUUUUGCUCCCAGCUCUGUUGAAAUGAACUCGACUGAGUUCCUAUGUAGCUACAUUUGUUUGUGUCAAAGCCCAACAUUUUUGAGCUAUGAUUUAGUCCAUAUUAAGGUAGCAGAGCUGAGGUCCAGACUUCAAACAAACAUCGUCUUUCUGCCGUGGGUCGCAGUGUCGUGGGACGGUGGUGGUACAGUAGAGCAGUGUGACCCUCGUCUAAUCUUUUGCAACUCUGUCGCUGACACUAAGCUACAGUCAAGUGAGCUCUUCUGCCUUGCUGAGGCGAGCGCCGCUGUCACGUGCUGUUCUAGUGCCUCUAUCAAUGCCUUAAUUUAUGUGUCACCACUGGGCCUGCGCAUGGUUCACCAUCACGUGCGGAUAGAUGCUGAACACACCGAGGUCGAAUUUGAACUCCCAGAAAAGAAAGCAGCUCUUGGUCUCUGUGUGACAGACAGAUUUAUUUCUGCUGUUCCCGAUUAAUAUGCAGAAUUUGAGAACAUAGUAUUCAAAGCCUUGAGGUUAAAAUGCUCAUUAUGUAACUCUGAUCUUGUGGUGGAAUUUGAAGGGGAAUUUGAAUACCAAUGUGAAUUGUAAAAUGACUCCCCACUGAAUAGUAGUGUAGUAAAGAGUAUAUGCAGGCUCAUAAAGUUUACCUUCAUUCACCGGAAUAUAAUCACUGAUGACUCCUAUAACGACGGUGUCUAUAGAUAUGAAGAGAAAGGCUAAAUAAAUGCUCAACUUGCUAGUGCUACUUUGCCUUCCUUCUGAUCAUAACUGCAGAUGUUUACACUGUCGCUGAAAAGAAUCAACUUUUUGCAUUUCAGCCUCGUCAGUUUUAAACUGUCAGCUUUAUUGAAAAAUGACAAAAAGGGAUACAAGCGGCCGAAAUGAGCUUCCUCCGUAGGGUGGCCGGGCUC